GCUGACACGAGUCAUGUAAGGUCAUAUGCUUUUUAUUUAUUUAACUAAAAUUGACAACUACAGUGUUUUCAACACCGUAGCCUCACGUUUGCCUUAAAUUUCGGAAUCGCGGUUUUGGAAAUAAUAAUAAAUGGUACAGUCGAUGGUGACUACGACACCAUUUAAAAAUGGGCCAUGUGGUUACCGCGUGUGUAAAGAGAAACAAUCACAGGUGACAGGCGAAUCGUGGUACGAGUAAAAUACGCCAAGACUACUGCGAUAGACGCACUUGUCACAAGUAAUCUAUUGAGACGAGAAAGUCACUACGGUAAAAGGCGCACUGAAGGAACCGCAAGGUCGUCCUUAUUCGAACAUUUUACGAAAGAAAUGCUCGUAGGUAAUAGGACUGGGACUGCUUUUGUAGAGUCCAGUGAGCGACAGAAGUGCGAGCGAUUGACGAGACGGAAGCAGUAAAGUUGUUUGGGGUGAGGGCGGCUACGCGUGUAUUUUUGCGACGUCGCUGCGCUGGAAGCAGUGGAGGGGGGAGCUAGGAGGCCUCGCGCGCCUACCGCUUGCCGCCGAGCGCCGACCGCUGGGACGUGCACACUCUCUGCUCCUCCUCUCCCCGUAAUGCAAUUCAUCGAGUGCAGCUCUAACGUGUGUACUUGAUCUCUCAUUCCUGUUGCUCCUGCGCUUCUGCGGCCAAGGUGGCAACGAACGCCCGCGCACGCGACGUCGAAGACGCUCCGAUGUUCAAGAAGAAGUUCCCGUCGCUGUCCAGCCUGGGGUCGGAUGGCAAUACUGCCUUCCUGAGGGCGGCUCGCGCCGGUAACCUCGAGAAAGUCCUCGAACAUCUCAAAAACAACAUCGACAUCAAUACCUCCAACUCGAACGGUCUCAACGCCCUACACUUGGCCUCCAAAGACGGACACGUCGCUGUCGUCACUGAACUUCUGAAACGAGGUGCUUCAGUUGACGCCGCAACCAAGAAGGGCAAUACUGCGCUGCACAUUGCUUCACUUGCUGGUCAAGAGGAAGUUGUGAAACUGCUUGUAACAAAUGGUGCUGCAGUCAAUGUGCAGUCGCAGAAUGGAUUCACUCCGCUCUACAUGGCAGCUCAAGAAAAUCACGACAACGUCGUCCGGUAUCUGCUCGCUAAUGGCGCCAACCAGAGUUUGGCGACAGAGGAUGGGUUCACACCACUGGCUGUGGCAAUGCAACAGGGUCACGACAAGGUUGUUGCAGUAUUACUUGAAAAUGACACAAGAGGCAAAGUGCGUCUGCCUGCUUUGCACAUUGCUGCCAAAAAGGAUGACUGCAAAGCAGCAGCCUUGUUGCUACAGAAUGAUCAUAAUCCAGAUGUGACCUCAAAGAGUGGAUUCACUCCUCUCCAUAUUGCAGCUCACUAUGGAAAUGAAAAUAUAGCAAAUCUUCUUCUUAGUAGAGGUGCUGAUGUUAAUUACUCUGCCAAGCACAACAUAACACCACUUCAUGUAGCAGCCAAAUGGGGCAAGACCAAUAUGGUAUCCUUACUUUUGGGGAAAGGUGCUAACAUUGAAUCAAAAACACGAGAUGGACUGACACCACUGCACUGUGCUGCCCGUUCAGGCCAUGAACAGGUAGUUGACAUGAUGCUAGAGCGAGGGGCACCAAUAAGUUCAAAGACCAAGAAUGGACUGGCACCUUUGCACAUGGCAUCACAAGGAGACCAUGUUGAUGCAGCAAGAAUUCUCUUGUACCACCGUGCACCAGUUGAUGAAGUGACUGUAGACUACCUUACUGCCCUGCAUGUUGCAGCCCACUGUGGUCACGUGCGAGUAGCUAAGCUACUAUUGGAUCGCAAAGCUGACCCAAAUGCCAGAGCACUCAAUGGAUUCACUCCUCUCCACAUUGCUUGCAAGAAAAAUCGCAUAAAGGUGGUUGAGCUGCUCCUGAAACAUGGUGCAUCCAUUGAAGCAACAACUGAGUCAGGACUAACACCACUUCAUGUAGCAAGCUUCAUGGGUUGCAUGAACAUUGUGAUCUAUCUCUUGCAACAUGAUGCAAAUCCUGAUGUUCCAACAGUUCGUGGGGAGACACCCUUGCAUCUGGCAGCAAGAGCCAAUCAGACAGAUAUCAUCCGUAUUCUUUUAAGGAAUGGAGCACAAGUCGAUGCCCGGGCAAGAGAGCAACAGACACCUCUGCAUAUUGCAUCUCGACUUGGAAAUGUGGACAUUGUGAUGUUAUUACUGCAGCAUGGAGCAGCAGUUGACUCUACUACAAAGGACAUGUAUACAGCUCUGCACAUAGCGGGAAAGGAAGGCCAGGAAGAGGUCGCAUCUGUUUUAUUGGAACAUGGAGCAUCUCUCACAGCUACAACAAAGAAAGGCUUCACACCACUUCAUCUCGCUGCAAAAUAUGGGAACAUGAAAGUUGCAAAGCUUUUACUUCAGCGUGAUGCCCCUGUUGAUGCGCAGGGAAAGAAUGGUGUUACACCUUUGCAUGUGGCUAGUCACUAUGACCAUCAAAAUGUUGCCCUCUUGUUGCUCGACAAGGGAGCCUCUCCGCAUGCCACAGCUAAGAAUGGCCACACACCUCUUCAUAUAGCAGCAAGGAAGAAUCAGAUGGAUAUUGCUACCACUUUGCUCGAGUAUGGUGCAAAAGCAAAUGCAGAAUCAAAAGCUGGAUUCACUCCUUUGCAUCUGAGCUCACAGGAGGGACAUACAGACAUGUCCACUCUGCUAAUAGAACAUCAGGCUGAUACCAACCAUAAGGCAAAGAAUGGUCUGGCGCCACUACACUUGUGUGCACAGGAAGACAGGGUAAAUGUUGCAGCGAUUCUGUUAAAGAAUGGAGCAGAAGUUGACACAACAACAAAGGCUGGAUAUACACCACUUCAUGUAGCAAGCCACUUUGGACAAAGCAACAUGGUUCGCUUCCUUCUACAGCACAAAGCAAAUGUGGCAGCUGUGACCAGUAUUGGUUACACUCCAUUGCACCAAGCUGCACAACAGGGUCAUGCCCCAAUUGUAAAUAUAUUACUGGAUCAUAAGGCACCUCCAAACAUCCUCACUAGUCAAGGGCAGACAGCUCUUUCCAUUGCACAGAAGCUUGGAUAUAUCAGCGUUGUGGAGAGCUUAAAAGUUGUGACUGAGACUGUGAUACCUACUAAUGCUACAACCAUGCUGACCGAAGAGAAAUAUCGAGUUGUUGCUCCAGAAACAAUGCAAGAAACAUUCAUGUCUGACUCUGAGGAUGAAGGAGGUGAUGAAGUAUUGGAUGCUGGUGUGUAUGGGAAACCCACACAUGCUCAACAUGUCUACUUGCCAUAUUAUGAGGGGCAAGCACUGCUGACGCGUGAAGAUACAAUGCUCAGUGAUCAGCCUUACAGAUACCUGACAGUAGAUGAAAUGAAAAGCCUUGGAGAUGAUUCACUGCCAAUUGAUGUUACAAGGGAUGAAAGAAUCGAUUCCAAUAGAGAAUGUAUGGCUCCACCAACAGCAGUUGAUGAUACUAUCAGCCCACAACAUGCCAAAGAAACAUACACUCCAUUUGUAACAAAUUAUGCACCUGACAAUGUGGAUAUUAAUAGGCAUCCCGUUCAUGUUGGGAAGCUACACUGGAAGAAUUUCCUGGUAAGUUUCCUUGUGGAUGCAAGGGGAGGAGCAAUGCGUGGUUGCCGCCACAGUGGCGUGAGAGUCAUUGUUCCACCACGGCGGGCAGCAAUGCCAACACGUGUCACUUGUCGCUAUUUGAAGAGGGACAAAUUGACACAUCCACCACCUUUAAUGGAAGGAGAGGCAUUGGCAAGUCGAAUUCUAGAGCUGGGUCCAGUUGGUGCAAAAUUUUUAGGACCAGUGAUUAUUGAGGUACCACAUUUUGGUUCUUUGAGAGGAGUGGAACGUGAAAUAGUCAUACUUCGCUCAGAUAAUGGUGAGACAUGGAGAGAACACACUACAGAUGCCAGUGACGAGGCUAUUCAUGAAGCCAUCAAUGAGAGUUUUGAAGGAGAAGAAUUAAAUGCCUUGGAAGAUUCAAGUUCUGGACGAACAACUAGAAUACUGACAAAUGAUUUUCCUCAGUACUUCGCUGUGGUGUCUCGAAUAAGGCAAGAAGUUCAUGCAAUUGGACCUGAAGGUGGAAUGGUUUCCUCUUCAGUUGUACCACAGGUGCAAGCAGUAUUUCCACAAGGAGCACUUACAAAGAAGAUCAAAGUUGGACUACAGGCACAGCCAAUUGCAGCUGAACUCACAGCAAAGCUUCUAGGCAAUAGGGUUGCUGUAUCACCAAUAGUAACAGUGGAACCUCGAAGGAGAAAGUUUCAUAAACCGAUUACCCUGACAAUCCCUGUUCCACAAGCAGCAAACAAGGGCAUGAUCAACCAGUAUUCAGGAGAUGCACCAACUCUGAGACUCCUGUGUAGUAUUACAGGGGUGUUUCGGAAAAGAUCACUUAAAGGAGGGACAACACGAGCCCAAUGGGAGGAUGUAACUGGGUCAACACCACUCACAUUUGUCAAUGACUGUGUGUCUUUCACAACAACAGUAUCUGCAAGAUUUUGGCUGAUGGAUUGUAGAAAUAUUGGUGAAGCCACAAAAAUGGCAACAGAGCUGUACAAGGAAGCAAUUCACGUUCCUUUUAUGGCCAAAUUUGUUGUUUUCGCAAAACGUGUCGAUGUUCUCGAAGCCAGACUUAGGGUGUUUUGCAUGACUGAUGAUAAAGAGGACAAAACAUUAGAGCAUCAGGAGCAUUUUACUGAAGUUGCAAAGAGUAGAGAUGUUGAGGUGCUCGAAGGUAAACCACAGUACAUUGAAUUUGCAGGGAACUUGGUUCCUGUUACAAAGUCAGGUGACCAGUUACAACUCGGAUUCAGAGCAUUUAGAGAGAAUCGUCUUCCAUUUACUGUACGUGUCAAGGACCCACAUGCUGAUACAGUGGGCCGCAUACUUUUCAUGAGAGAACCGAAGGUUGCAAAAGGUGAACCACCCCAGCAGCCAGUCUGCAUAUUAAAUAUUGUACUCCCUGAAACGAUAUUACCUGAAUCUGGACUGUCAGAACCGGAUCUUGUUUCCUUACAGAAGAAAUACAGCUUCCUCCGUGAUGGUGGUUUUGGUCGAAUUAAUGCUUUCCGACACAUGAAUUUACGUUUAUCAGAUAUUAGUAACUUGCUGGCGGAAGAUUGGGUGAUUCUGGCCAAUGAACUUGGAGUUUCUACAUCCGAUGUAAAUAUAAUAAAAACAGAAUUUCCCAGUAGUGUAGCUCAACAAGCAAUGGCAAUGUUGAGACUCUGGGUACAACAGUCAGGAAAUAAAGCAACAGCUAACACACUGGAGAAAGCACUGAGGAAAAUUGGCCGUGAUGAUAUCAUUCAACAGUGCAUUUUCAAUGUUGAUGAGAUGGAUGAAGCUGUUGAGAAAGUUCGGCAAGACCAAUCAGGAUUUGACCUCUUGAAAGAAGAGUUAGGACCAUCAAGAAAUGCAUCAUUACAUCGAGAAACUGCAGUGGACAUUACAGCAUAUGAUGAACAAGAUUUAAUGAAGGAAUCAGAAUCUGUUGAAGAGCUUGUGCAAGCAGAGAAGAAGAAAUCACAUGAAGACUUUCAAAUACAGAAAACAGAUGUAAUACUAAAGGACUGGCCUCUGAAGGAGAGAGAUGAUGUUGAUGAAUCAGAAGAAAGGAAGUAUAUUGGUGAAGAAAAAGUUGUUGAAGAAGAAAGACGAACAGUUGCUCAGCUGAAAGAAAUAUUUGCUCAAGAUAAGCGUGAUCGGCAGUAUGAAAGACAACCAAUAAUUAUAUCAGAUGAAGAGGCAAUGAAGAGGCACACAUCAGUAAUUACUGAAAGUGAUUCACCUAUACCUCCAUCAAAAACUGAAGAUGACACGUCACGGCUGUCAACCUCCACUUUUGAGGAUAGCACAAUGGAAGAUGAAAUGUCACAGAAGCAAGUGUCCUCUCCUGAACAGUUACCAGAGGAAGCCGUUCCUAUUAAAGUUACACUAAAAGAGGAUCAGAGACGAGAUUCCGAACUUUUUCAGGGUGUUAGUGAAGGGCUGGUCAGACUGGAUGAUUCCUACAAGGUGAUUCCAACUGGAGAAGAAAUCCUGUCACCAAAAGUUUCGAAAACCCCGCCCCCAAGUCCAGCUGAGUUCAAGGAGCAAACAGGAACAGCGAUAUGGCAGGAAGGUCCACUGUUAACAGCUGAACAUCAGCCUCCUGCACAAGUUGCUUCCACUUCUCCUCAAGAUGACGAUGACUCUCUUGAUACAGAGGGCUUUCAAGAGCAGUUUCUUUUGGAGACGCCUCCACCUAUUGAUGAUAGCAGGGAAAAAUCCUCAAAAAAAUUUAUGCAGAAAGAUAUAUCAUCAGAAUAUAAAGCAGUUAGGCAAGUCUUGGAGAAGGCAGCUCAGUCAAGAGCUGAAAACCUAGUAGUGGGAGGAUUAGCUUCAGGUGAAGACUCAGAACUUGGGGAUGAAGCAGAAAGGUUAGAGGAAUUUGAACCAGUACAAGAUUCUAGAUUUGAGAAAAGAUACGACUAUCAGAGUGCUGAGCACAUUUUGAAACAACGGCCUCAUGAGUUUGAUAGGGGUCGACCAGCAAACCUAAACAUCAAAAGUAUAAAAUCGCCAGAGGAAGAGAAAGGCUCAAAAGACUCCAAGAAGCAAGAAAACUUGAAAAGGCAAGACGAUUUUAGUGGAAAACCACAAGAAAAACUCUUUUUAGAGACUACAAGUAGACGAAUAACAUUCAGACCUGUAGAAAGAUUAUCUGGUGGUGUUGGAGUCGGAAAACUAAGUGACAAAAAUGUUUUGAAGUCAUCUGACAAAGUUGGUGAAGAAGAAAAUAUCAGAAGUUCCCGGACAGGUGGAGAAGACGCACAGAGUGACUUGUCAAAUCAAGAAAGCAUGGGAAGUGAUAAAAGGCGUGAGGAAGGUGCCCAAAGAGGCAUUAAUGUAAGGGGAAUUAAGAAGCAGUAUGAGAAACCAACAGAAAGUCAAGGCAUACAGAGCACAACAGAAGAUGGUAAACAUAUUGAUCGUGGCACUAGUCCACUUGAGGGCAAAAUUAUGAUAAGCCCAAAUCCACAUCCAAGCGAACUUCCUCCAAGUCAUUCAUCAGGCGGCAAGUCAACUUUCCCCCCCCCUACACUUGAGUUAGUCAUUGGGAGAAAAGAGGUAAGAACAAGGGAAGCUAGUGCAAGUGCAGAAAGUCGUCUUACUUUGUACGGGGCACGCGAUGUUGAAAUUUCUAUACGAUCUCAAUCUCAUAUCAGUGUAACAACUACAAGACGAGAAGCCAGUGGGAAAGAAACAUCAGAAAGGGUUGAUGUUGGUAUGACAGCAACAGCAGGUACUGGUGGAAAAGUGGAGCUUGUUCCUGAACAUGAUACAGGUGUCACUAGUGAAACAGUUGCUACUCCUCAUGAAGUUUAUAUCAUUCCUCCGCCAUCAGUAGCAGACACAAAUGUACCAUCUUUUACUGACAUAAAUAAAGAGAAAAAACGUGAAGACACUGUUAUAUUCAGUGGUAAGAAAAGUGUGUAUCGGUAUGAGUCAGUAGAAGCUACAGGCUCACCUGCAUUUGAGAGUCCUACAACAGAAGAUAGUGCAUCUCACCAUAUUACAGAUACUGGUAUAAGUCUGACCAGGGGCACAACAACUGAUACAAUUACAAGCUCUGCACAUCCUCCUCGUGGAGAUCUUUAUACUGACGAGAGAGGAGUUUUGUCAGACACAGCUGUAGAUGUAGGAGCAGAAGAAGCGGAGCUUACAGAUGCAGGUUUAAGCCCUAUUCAGGCUGAUGAAAUAGCCAUAGGAGUUCCAAGCACAGAAUUGUUUAUGGAAGAUGAAGCUGUUCUUUCACAAUACUGUGAUACAGCAAGUAGCCCUGUUUAUUUCAAAGGAGAGUCAACAUCAGUAGCUUUGUCCCCAUUCCAGAUUGACACAUCAGAAGCUAGUGUACUAACAGACAAGGUGGACACAAAAGAUGCUAGUGUCAGCCCGGUUUACUCCGAGGAAGUGUUGCAGCCAGUGAAGGAAGCUUCAGCACUUCCUAGUGAUGCUUUGAAGUUUAUGGGAAAACAUGUAGUUUCAGAAGGUGAAAUUGUAAGAACACGUCGAGAUUCAGGUGACGUUAGAGCAAUGAUAAAGUUUCUUGAGGAAGGUGCUCAUCUUCAGAGACCAUCUGAGAGAGUAGAAAUAGCAGUACAAAAAGAGAAAAUAAAAGUUCGAGAUGAUUUUCAAACAUUUACAAAACUAAAAGAAGAAAAGACACGUAUUAGGCAUGAUAAAUCAGUGGCUGAGUACGAUGAAUUUACUCAAAAACCUGUUUCUUAUAGUGAUAAGUCUGAACAGUUAACUUCAGUUUCUCUUACUGAUGAAAAAAUUGCUAAAUCUCUUUCCACUAAACAUAUUGGUCCAAAAAUUAAAGAACUCCAGAAAAUAUUCAGUCAGUCAUCUAUGGAGGAAGAAUUAGAUAAAAGAUUGCCAUACAUUCAUGAUGAAGAUAACAAAAUGGGUAUUAUAGAAAAAAAAUCUCAAUUAAUAUAUGAUAAUUUAGACAAGAAAGAGAGGAAAAAGUCUUUGAGUGACUACACUUGUGAAAUCAGUGGCCUUGGUGUUGAAAUAACAAAAAGUGAACUUGUGAAAAGCCAUGAACUCCAAGACCAUGAGGCUUCUACAAUUAAAGAGGUGACAGCUGAAGAAAGCUAUCCCCACAUUUCUGAAGUCAUAGAAAAAAUAGAAAAACGCAUAGCUAAGGCAACCAAGCCAGAACAUAUGAAACUGAGUGACCAUAAGGGCCUCGAUGUGAUGAAAGAUGAGGCCAAGAAGGCAAUUCUUUCAUAUGAAGACAAGCCAUCAAUGGUAGAAGAAAAGUUAACUCAGGUUGUCCAAGCAGAAAAACAGGUUCUUCAGAAGAUUGCAGAAGUAAUUCACAUUGUAGAAGAAAAAUCAAAACUUAAUGGAAUACAGGAAACAACAACAAUUCACAGUGCAAAAGAUAUUGAUAUUGUUGAAGCUGAAACGCCUACUGAGGUGAAUGAGGUCCAUGAUCUAAGUGAAAGAGUAGGAGAGUUAAUACAACAACCAGUAGAAAAAGAAUCACCACCAGAUGAGUUUAAGAAAUCUAUCACAGUGCAUGAAAUAUUAAUAGACACUGAGUUAGAAGUGGAAAAGGGGCCUGAUGACAAAGUAGUGACCACAGUACCAACAAAGGAGAAGGCACUGGUUCCAGAGAGGAAGCAUCUGGUUUCUACAGAGUUAGCUUUAUCAGAGGUGCAAGAAGCCUUUGAAAAAGAGCAUGUCUCUCCACACAAAGAUGUUGACAGUGUGCAAGAAACUUAUGAGAAAUUGGUUGCCCCUAUUAGAAAAGUUGUUGCAAGAAAGUUGUCACAUGAGGAGACAGUAUUGGAAACAGAACCAGGGGUUUCCAUUGAUACAAGUGUACUAGAACUUGAGGAAAUCACCAAAGAAAAGGUUGUUGGUGCACUCAGAGAGGUUUCAGUAGGAGAAAAAGAUCAGAAGCAAGAAAUUAUUCUGGACACAACAAAAGAGAAGGAACCUGAUUUAAUGGGUAAAUCUCAGGCCAUAAUUGAAACAUUCAAACAGGAUACUAUAAUGGAGACAGCACAUCAGGCAGAUAUAAAAGUAGCACCAGCAAAGAAAGAGGCACCAAUUUUGGAAGAUGAGAUUAUGAUUUCUAUUGAGUCAGCUAAAUUAGACAAGAAGGAAAAGAUAGGAGAAACAUACAAGGAAACAAUUUUAGGUUUUGGAGAUGAGCUUGAAGUAUUAGUCAAACCAUCACAAGGGAAGGAACCAGUUUUGGAGAGAGAGCCACAAGUUUUCAUUAUGUCAGUAGUAAAAGAGGAUGUUUCUUCACUUAAGGAUGCAUAUGCUGUGGAAGGAGUGACACAAGCACCAGCAGAUAGAAAAGUACCAGCAGAAAAGGAAGUUACCGUAGUGUCGUCUCUAAAAGAGUUGCAGGAAAUCACUGUAUGCGAAGUUAUUUCUCCAUUCAGAGAGGUUGUUGUGGGGGAGAAAUCAGAUGAGCAUAAAAGUACAGUAGAACUAUUACAGGAGGAAGCUUUUGUCCAGGAGGAUAAAUCUGGGGUGCCUACUGAUGUAUCUCACAAAGCUGUGCCAGCAAUCAUGGAAAAUCAGUUAAAAUCCCCAAGUGGAGUAAGACCAGUAGACAAAAAAAUUGUUGACACAGCAGGCAGAGAUGAAGAAUUGGACACAAAGGAGAAACCUGUUGUAGAGAGGGCACAUGAGGUAUCUAUUCAGCUGGUAAAAACAGAUGUGCAAGAUAUUAUACAAAAGGAAACGGUUUCCAUAGUACAAACAGUGGACGUAACACAGGUGCAUGAGGAGGACGUGACUUCAGAGGACAAAGGAGAAGAGCCUUCUGCCUUACAGGAUGAAACCAUGGUCUCAAUUGAAUCUCAUGUGACAGAGUUGGAAGAAACCAUUGAAGAACAUGUCCCACAAGGGAAAGCAGCUCGUGAUACUGCAAAGACAGAUGAGGAGGAUGUGAAAAUGGCACCUUCAUUAGAGCAGGUAUCCCUUAAGAGGCAUCAGCUCGGGGCAUCUGUUGAGUCACAAGUGUCAGAUAUGCAAGAUAGCUUACUAAAAGAACUUGUGGCACCCAUCAUAGAUACAGAGAAAGAGCAGAUAGUAGAAGAAGAAGUCAGAGAAACAGUGACAAAAAAAGUGUCACCUGACUUAAAGGAAGAGCCCAUGGCCUCAAUUCAAUCUCAAGUCACAGAAUUGGAAGAAAUCACUAAAGAACAUAUUGUACAACAAGAACAGGUAGUUUCUGACAGUGCAGAGUUAGAUGAGGACAUGAAAAUGGAACCUUCAGCUGAGCAGCUACCCCUUAAGGAGCACAAGCCAGGGGUCUCUGUUGAAUCACCUGUGCCUGAUAUACAAGUUAUUACUGUAAAAGACAGAGUGUCACCACCUACAGAAAUUGUCAAAAAGCUGUUAGUUGGAGAAGAAAUCAAAGAAACAGCGACAAAGGAAGAAUCUGCAGUCUCUGUAAGCUUAGCUGCCUUAGACAUGCUAUAUACCACUGAAAAAGAUGUUGGUACUCCAACUACAGAAAUGACUGUAAUUGAGAGACAAGAUGUGUGUGAAACAAUAAUAAAACCAUCAGUUGAGGUAGCAUCUGUUUUGGAUGAUAAGCUUGAUCUGUCUGUUGAAUCUGAGGUAACAGGUAUGCCAGAAAUAUUAGAAAAACCUGUUGUAUCUCUUCUUGCAGAUACAUCUACCGAUGAGGAUGUUAAAAAAGCACCAGCACUGAUAAAGGUUCCUGUUUUUGAGGAUGACCAGGAAGUUACCACAGUGUCAUCUGCAAAAGAGCUGCAGAAAAUAACUGUACAUGAAGUUAUUGUCCCUGUGAGAGAAGUAGUUUUUGAGCAGAAAUUGGACGAGGAUGAAGGUAGCGAGCCAGCAGUCAAGGAAAGUGAGCUAAAAUCCCCACUUACAGUAAUAUUAGCAGACACAACAUUGGAAGAGGCAGCUGCUAGAGAUGAAGACUGGGACACAAAGGAGAAACCUGUUGCAGAGGGUGCAUAUGACAUCUCUAUUGAGCAAGCAAUAACUGUUGUGGAAGAUACUGUAGAAGAGAAAGUGUUUUCCAUAGGAAGAGAAGUUUAUUUAACAGGGGAGGACAAGGAGGAAGAAGUGACAUUAGAGGAAAAAGAAACAGCACCAUCUGCCUUAAAGGAGAAGCUCUCAGCCUCAAUUGAAUCUAGGAUCACAGAGUUUGAUGAAAGCACUGAAGAAUAUAUUGUACCACAGGAGACAGUUCCUGAUAGUGCAAAGAUAGACGAGAAAGCCAUAAAAAUGCUGCCUCCAGCAAAGAAGGUACACCUUAAGGAACAUGAGGCAGGGGUUUCUGUUGAAUCACCUGUGUCAGAAGUUCAAGACAGCAUGGUAAAAGACAUAGUAACACCUGUAACAGAUACGGUCAAAUAUCAGUUAGUAAAAGAAGAAGUCAGGGAAACACUGAUGGAGGUAGAGCCACCUGAAUUGAAAAGUGAGCAUGAAGUCUCUGAGAGAUCAGCUGAAUUUGAUGUAUCAGAUAUCACCGAAAAAGACAUUGCUUCUCCAACCCAAGAACUAAAUGUUGUACAUGACAUUCUAGAAGAUGAGGUGGUUUUCAUAGUAAGAGAAGUUGACGUAACAGAGGAGCAUGGCAAGGAGGAAGAUACUUUAGAGGAAAAAGAAUCAGACCAAUCUGCAUUGAAGGAGGAGCCUGUGGUCUCAAUUGAAACUCGGGUGACAGAUUUGCAAGAAAUCACUUCAGAACACAUUAUACAACAAGAAAAGCCAGUUCCAGAUAGUGCAAAGGUAGAUGAUGAGACCUUGAAAAUGGCAUGUUCAGCAGAGCCAUCAACCCUUAAGGACCAUGAGGCAGACAUGUCUGUAGAAUCACCUGUGUCAGAUGUACAAGACACAACGGCAAAAGACAUUGUGGCACCUGUAGUAUUAGGUAUGCUCAGAGAGCAGGUAGUUGAAGAAGAGUUCAGAGAAAUAGUGACGGAGGUAGUGUCACCGGCGUUGCUAACUGAGCCUGAAAUCUCUGUAAGGUUAGCUCCAUUAGAUGUUCCAGAUAGAACCGAUAAAGACAUUGUUUCCCCAACUGAAGAAAUUACUGUCAGUGAGCAACUGGAUGUGCGUGAAACAGUGCCAGUGACAUCGGUUGAUGUAGGACCUGGUGUAAAAGAGAAGCUUGAUCUCUCUAUUGAACCAGAGGUAACAGAGAUGCCAGAAAUAACAGAAGAACCAGGUGUGUCACCUAUUAGGGAUAUCUCUCCCAAGGAAGAUGUGACAAAAGCACCAUCUGUGGUAAAAGUACCAGUUGUUGAGGCAGAGCAAGAAAUUACCGUAAUCUCAUCUGUAAAAGAGUUGCAGGAAAUCACUGUAGAUGAAGUUAUUUCCACAGUGAAAGAUGUAGUUCUUGAUCAGUUAUUGGAUAAGGAUGGAAGUGGGGUAGAAUCAUUAGAUGAGGAAGCUGUUACUGAGGAAGACAAAUCCGUGGUGUCUAUUGAGGUAGCUGACAGAGCUGUGCCAGCAAUAGUGGCAAGUGAGGUAAAAUCCCCACUUGAAGUAAUAUCAGUCGACACAACAUUGGAUAUGGCAGCUGAUAGAGACAAAGAAUUAGAAACAAAGGAGGAAACUAUUGUGGAGGGUGCAUAUGAGGUCCCUAUUCAGCAAGCAUUUACAGUUGUGCAGGACAUUAAAAAGGGGGAAGUUGUUUCCAUAGUAAAACAGGUAGAUGUAACACGGGAGCUUGAGGAGGAAGAAGUCACAUUGGAAGAGACUGUAGAAGAACUAUCUGCCUUGAAGGAGAAGCCCAUGGUCUCACUCAAAUCUUCUGUCACAGAAUUGAAAGAAGUCACUGAAGAACACAUUGUACCACAAGAAAAGGCAGCUCCUGAUAGUGCAAAGAUAGAUGAGGAGACAUUGAAAAUGUCACCUUCAGCAGAGCCAUUACCCAUUAAGGACCAUGAGGCAGACAUGUCUGUAGAAUCACCUGUGUCGGAUGUACAAGACACAAUGCUAAAAGACAUAGUGGCACCUGUAGUAAUAGAUAUGGUCAGAGAGCAGGUAGUUGAAGAAGAGAUCAGAACAACCGUGAUGGAGGUAGUGUCACCUGCAUUGAUAACUGAGCCUGAAAUCCCUGUAAGAUUAGCUCCAUUAGAUGUUCCAGAUAGAACCGAUAAAGACAUUGUUUCUCCAACUGAAAAAAUUACUGUAAGUGAGCAACUGGAUGUGCGUGAAACAGUGCCAGUGACAUCGGUUGAUGUAGGACCUGGUGUAAAAGAGAAGCUCGAUCUGUCUAUUGAACCAGAGGUAACAGAGAUGCCAGAAAUAACAGAAGAACCAGGUGUGUCACCUAUUAGGGAUAUCUGUCCCAAGGAGGAUGUGACAAAAGUACCAUCUGUGGUAAAAGUACCAGUUGUUAAGACAGAGCAAGAAAUUACCGUAGUCUCAUCUGUAAAAGAGUUGCAGGAAAUCACUGUAGAUGAAGUUAUUUCCACAGUGAGAGAUGUAGUUCUAGAUCAGAUAUUGGAUGAGGAUGGAAGUAGGGUAGAAUCAUUAGAUGAGGAAGCUGUUACUGAGGAAGACAAAUCCGAGGUGUCUAUUGAGGUAGCUGACAGAGCUGAGCCAGCAAUAGUGGCAAGUGAGAAAAAAUCCCCACUUGAAGUAAUAUCAGUCGACACAACAUUGGAUAUGGCAGCUGAUAGAGACAAAGAAAUAGACACAAAGGAGGAAACUAUUGUAGAGGGUGCAUAUGAGGUCCCUAUUGAGCAAGCAUUUACUUUGGUGCAGGACAUUAAAGAGGAGGAAGUUUUUUCAAUAGUAAAAGAGGUAGACGUAACACGGGAGCUUGAGGAGGAAGAAGUCACAUUGGAAGACACAGUAGAAGAACUAUCUGCCUUAAAGGAGGAGCCCAUGGUCUCACUCGUGUCUCCUGUCACAGAAUGGAAAGAAGUCACUGAAGAACACAUUGUACCACAAGGAAAGGUAGUUCCUGAUAGUGCAAAGAUAGAUGAGGAGACCUUGAAAAUGUCACCUUCACCAGAGCCAUUACCCAUUAAGGACCAUGAGGCAGACAUGUCUGUAGAAUCACCUGUGUCAGAUGUACAAGACACAAUGGUAAAAGACAUAGUGGCACCUGUAGUAAUAGAUAUGGUCAGAGAGCAGGUAGUUGAAGAAGAGAUCACAAAAACCGUGAUGGAGGUAGUGUCACCUGCAUUGAUAACAGAGCCCGAAAUCUCUGUAAGAUUAGCUCCAUUAGAUGUUCCAUAUAGAACCGAUAAAGACAUUGGUUCCCCAACUGAAAAAAUUAUUGUAAGUGAGCAACUGGAUGUGCAUGAAACAGUGCCAGUGUCAUCAGUUGAUGUAGGACCUGGUGUAAAAGAGAAGCUCGAUCUGUCUAUUGAACCAGUGGUAAGCAAGAUGCUGGAAACUGCAGAAGAACCAACUGUGUCACCUAUUACGGAUAUAUCUCCCAAGGAGGAUGUGACAAAAGCUACAUCUGUGGUAAAAGUACCUGUUCUUGAGGAAGAGCAAGAAAUUACCAUAGUGUCAUCUGUAAAAGAGUUGCAGGAAAUCACUGAAGAAGAAGUUAUUUCCACAGUGAGAGGUGUAGCUCUAGAUGAGAUAUUGGAUGAGGGUGGAAGUAGGGUAGAAUCAGUAGGUGAGCAAGGUGUUAUUGAGGAGGUUAAAUCUGAAGUGUCUAUUGAGGUAGCUGACAGAGCUGUGCCAGCAAUAUCAGCAAGUGAGGUAAAAUCCCCAGUUGAAGUAAUAUCUGCAGACACAACAUUGGAUAUGGCACCUGGUAGUGACAAGGAAUUGGACACAAAGGAGAAAACUAUUGUUGAGGGUGCAUAUGACGUCACAGUUGAGCAAGAAUUAACUGUUGUACAUGACAUUCUAGAAGAGGAGGCUGUUUCCAUAGUAAGAGAAUUUGAUGUAACAGAGGAGCAUAUUGAGGAGGAAGUUACUUUGGAGGAAACAGAAUCAGAACGAUCUGCGUUGAAGGAGGGGCACAUGGUCUCAAUUGAAAGUCAGGUCACAGAUUUGGAAGAAAUCACUGUAGAGCACAUUAUACCACAAGAAAAGGCAGUUCCUGAUAGUGCAAAGACAGAUGAGGAGACUUUGAAAAUGGCACCGUCAGCAGAGCUGUUACCCCUUAAGGAUCAUGAACCUGACGUUUCUGUUGAACCACCUGUGUCAGAUGUACAAGACACAAUGGAAAAAGACAUAGUGGCACCUGUAGUAAUAGAUAUGGUCAGAGAGCUGGUAGUUGAAGAAGAGAUCAGAAAAUCAGUGAUGCAGGUAGUGUCACCUGCAUUGAUAACUGAGCCUGAAGUCUCUGUAAGAUUAGCUCCAUUAGAUGUUCCAGAUAGAACCGAUAAAGACAUUGUUUCUCCAACUGAAGAAAUUACUUUAAGUGAGCAACUGGAUUUGCAUGAAACAGUGCCGGUGUCAUCAGUCGAUGUAGGACCUGGUGUAGAAGAGAACCUCGAUCUCUCUAUUGAACCAGAAGUAAAAGAGAUGCCAGAAAUAACAGAAGAACCUGGUGGUGUGUCACCUAUUAGGGAUGUAUCUGCCAAGGAGGAUAAGACAAAAGCACCAUCUCUGGUAAAAGUACCAGUUGUUGAGGAAGAGCAAGAAAUUACCAUAGUGUCAUCUGCAAAAGAGUUGCAGGAAAUCGCUUUAGAUGAAGUUAUUUCCACAGUGAGAGAUGUAGUUCUAGAUCAGGUAUUGGAUGUUGAUGGAAGUAGGGUAGAAUCUUUAAAGGAGGAAGCUGUUAUUGAGGAGGUUAAAUCUGAGGUGUCUAUUGAGUCAGCUGGCAGAGCUGUGCUAACAUCAGUGUCAAGAACCAGGAGUCAGACUGUCUCAGAGCUGGUUACAAGUGAAGCUCAAGAAGUCUUCAAAAAGGAUGUAAUUUCUCCACUAACAGAUCUUCCUGUAUGUGAUAAAUCUGAUGGGCUAGAUACAGAAGUUUCCAUACAGGAAACGUGUAAAGACGAAGAUUCACUGGCAGCCAUCACUAAAGAGGCAACGGUGAUAGAGAAGCAAGAUAUAUUUGAAGAGUUAACUGUUUCCCCAAUUUUGGAAGUAAGUAGUACAACUAGAGCAUUUUUGGAAGAGAAGGAGAAACGUGAAGAGCCACCAGUUGAAGAGGAUUACAGGGUGGUUUCAACCAAGAGUUCUGUAACAGAUGUAGCAAAGGCAUUAGAGAAAAGAGCAGCAGAUAUAUUCCCUAAGGAACUUAGUACAGUGGAAACAUCAUUUGUAGAAGAGGAAGAGAGGCAGGAUAGAGCCCUGUUGCGUCAUGCAGCAGUAGUUUCCAAAGAAACCAUUGAGUUAAUACUUCAUGAUUCUGAAGUUAGUGUAGAAAGCUCCUUACAUCAGACUGAAAAAGAUUUAGCUAUGACAGACAAGGAGUUAGACAAAGCAGCUGAGUCUAUGAGAAGUGGUGAAAUAAAAUAUCCUUCUCAAUAUGUAACGCUUAAAAAGCCCUCAGUUCAGAAGUUAAUGCUGUCAUCAUUAAUUGAUGUCACUGCUGUAACAUCAUCUGUUGAAGGAGGGAAAAGCACUGGUCACUCCCAUGAAGUAAUUGACAAGAAAAGUGUACAGGAAAUUAUUCACAGUGUGAAAGAAGCCACAAGAAAAAUAAAGGAAGAAGUUCGUGAGAUGAAACCAGAUCUUACACCAACCCCUGAAGGUAAAGACACUGUUUUGUCAUUACCAGAUUCAAAAGAAUCCAGUGAAAUUUCAGAACUGGUUUCCAUCCAGGAGGAACUUUCGCCAGCUGAAGCAGUAGCAAAAGAUGUAGGACUUCAUGGUGAUUACAGUGGUAUGGAGUAUGAUGUGGAAGAAACAAAUGGAACAGGAACAGAAGAGCAGCCUGCUCUUGUGCCAGAUAUUGAUUCCCACUUCCCACCUCAAACGAUGUCUUUUGUAACUUCUGCUUAUCCUGGAUUGAUAAGACCCACAACUGAAAAACUUCCAAGAGCAGAUAUAGGAAGUGUUGAAUAUGAUGUUUCAUUCAAAAAAGAAAUUUCUACAAGCUAUGAUGAUUCACACAGUAUUCUGUCAAAAUCUGUUGUGUUACCUUCUGAUUUUGUUGACUCUGCAGACAGAUCUUAUGACAGCAUCAGUGUUUCCACAGACAUUACAGCUUCUGCAACUUCAGAACAAGGCUAUGAGAGAGAUCAUGUAGAAAUGGCAGUUGAUGAUAAAACGAUUUCUGUACAUGGUACAGCUAUGCCAGAGAAACAAUUUCUGUUAUCACCAGAUGCUGAACAUUUCCAUGACCAUUCUGAAGAAAUAUCAGAAGGAUUAACACACUCUUAUGAUGAAACCCCAACCGUGUCUGCCAUCAGAAUGGUUGAAGCCACAACUCUUCUUGACGAAACAAAAUCACUUCAUUCUAUUUCUCCAGAACCAGAAUUGAAAUUUGAUGUCAGCUCAGAAGAUAUUGUUAUGAAGGAUGAUCUCCUGGAAGUUACUGUCAGCGAGGAAGAAAUUAAAGCUGAAAUGGCUAAAACAGGAGUUUUUCUUGAAACUGCUUCUGGUGUGUCAUAUGUAAAUAUUGAGUCUCAUGGGAAACAGUCAAUAUGCAUUUGUGACGAUAUUGUUGUUAGUGAAUCAGUAGUUCUUGAAGCUCCCCAGUCUUCUAGUAAAACUUCAGUGAAGGCUGCUGAGGAAGCUUCUGGUAAACAUUCUGAAGAUGCACACAGUAGAAGGCCUUCAAAAUAUGAUAUUGAUCAUACAGGUUUAAAACAAAAAGUCAAACGGAAAGAUCAAGAAAAAAGUUCAUUACAUGAUGGGACCAAGCAGUUGAAAGAGCUUGGCACAGACCCACAUAAACCUAUGAUACGAAAAAGUAGUACCCCAAAACAUUCAAAAGAAGGUAUUUCUCUUCCAGAUACCAGUACACAGAAAUAUGUUGGCAGGAAAAGAGUUGAUGACAGGUGGGAUGGAGCCAAACCAUUUAAAGAAAGUGAUACUGGAACAGAUACGAGAACACUUACUGCAAAGAAACAGCCUCGAGAGCACGUCUCUAGAAAGAGUAAGGAUAGUGAUGCAAAAUUAGAUGAGGGCAGUAGCAAACCAUCUUCAAAAUAUGAUAAUCGAGUGUAUGGCUAUAUGGCAUCCACUCUGUCAAGGGAUUUGAAAGUUGGUCACCCAUCCACUGAUAGAUUCAGCAGUCUGAGCAGAGAAACUUCAUUUAGAAGGAGAAGUGCAGAGAGGGAAGAAGUUACUGCAUCCUCUCCAAAAAGUUCACAGAGAAAAACUUCGAUUGUGACAGAUUCUAAAGGGGCUAUUCCAAAAUCAUCACCAAUGAAGAUUUCUGUUAAAGAUGAGAUAUCUGAUACCAGAACAGUGAGUAUGAAACAAAGAACAAGUGCAGAAAAAUUAGAUCAUGAAGGAAACCAAGUUGGAGUGUCAACCUCAAGAAAAGUAGUUUCUGAUAAAAAGAAACCAUCUAUUGGACGUGAAGGCAUGUCUUCAUCUGUACUUCAUCAGGCUACUUCUAAAAAGGUGGAGAUGCACACAACAGCUGGAAGAGCCAAAAAGUCAAUAGAUACAGAUUCUUCAAAAAGUACAUCAAAAGUUGGGAAUGUUGGUGGUAAGUCAAAGAAAUUACCUUCUCAAGUUCAGAAAACAUAUGAGCAACAAAGAGAAACUGACCAAAAGGGCAGGCAUGCCAUACACAAAAGAGAUACUGGUAACUUCUCACUAGAAAAGAAAGUACCAGAUGCAAAAGCUUCAUUUGUAGAGACAGGUUAUAGCUCUGACCAAACAUCUGAAUAUGAUGAAAGUAUAUCCAUUAAAGAUCAUCAAAGUGUGUUAUCAUCAACCAGUCCAGAACCCUCUCUCUCAGUUCAGUCAGUAGUGGAACGCUUUACUGCAGACAAACCAAGCCAGUCACCAUCUGCAUCACCAGUUCGAAUUGCUCGAAGUCCACCUUCAGUGCCUUCAAGCCCCGGCCGUGCAUCACGUGUGACACAGCUUCUUACAUCUGAAGUGUUUACAAGAACCAUUGACACAACUGGGUCUAUUGAAGUUAUAUAUCGACAGCCGACAGCAUCUGAGGCACUACGUCGUGUUGCAGCUAUUUCAAGUGUUCGUGGAUCUCAUGAAACAGGCAGCAUUGAAGCAGAACUGUCAGUGAUAGACACUACAGACUCUUCCUUGUCUGAUUCUGUUGCACUUCCUCUGUCUUCUUCUGAUCACGACCUCCACGGCUCACCAGCUUCUCCUAAACCAACACGCCGAUCUCUUGACAUGAUUCAUGAUGGUGCAGGACAGAGAAUUCGUUUGUCAGAUCUUGAACCUGAAUUGUGUACAGUCCCUAAAGAUGAAGAUUCUGGUAUCAUCCACAAGCCAGAGAGUCUGUUUCCACAUGAAACCACUUCCAGUGCUACAAUAUCCCCUGUGAAGAGACGUGCAGAGCCUUCAGUCUCUCAGUCUCGUUCACAGAUAUCAGAGGAGCAGCUCUCCCCAAUCCUGGAUGUUCGAGCUGUAACCCCUCCCAGAGUGAAACACAAGUUUCACUAUGUUGCUGAGGAAGAACCAUCGGAAGCUGCAUCCCUCUCCUCUCCAGACAAAAGGGAUGUAUCUCAGGGAAAAAAGCAAGAGCAAGAUAAACCAGCAGAAAGCAGCAGACUGCUAAAACAGACAGUGGACCAUCAGCAAGCAGUGGAGAGCUUGUUAAUAAUGCAUCCAGAACCAAGCCCAAGACUUACUCCUGCUUCUGUCCAAGAUGUACCCACAAUUCCCAUUACCAAUUUAUUGUCAAGCAGUCUUCCUGUCACAAGUGUUUCAGAACAACCAGUCAGUGAAAAACAACCAGAUCAAGUCAUAGAAGAUGUGCAGAGUUAUUCAGAAAGGAAGAAGUUUUGGGAACAGAUGACAACUGGUCAUACAAAAUCCUCUAGUACACAAGACGCUAAACAAGAUAGUGGGCCAUUGCCUAUUCCAAAGCCUCGCUCAAUAAUGCUACCCGCACAGAGUGCUCCAAAUGCAGCUACACUGGAGAUGGGUGCAAAAUCCAAAUCCAAAUGUGAUUCAGAAACAACUUUAAGUGAUCCCACAGUACAAAUGGAUCAAACAGCACUGGACAGCAAGCACUUACAUUUCACUUCUUUAGAUAGUGCAGACAGGGAAGGUUCAGAAAAAGAAGUUAUAGAUACUGUUGUUAGUCAACCUACUACUGACAUUUCCUCUGUCAUUCCAGAAGUUGAUGGUGGUGAGGAAGAAAGUGCAAUGAAGCCAGAUGCUUCAGCAAAUGAUUACAAAGCUACUGAUGUUGAACAUGAGCCACAAACAAAGCUUAUUGAGAGUAAAAUUUCGAAACAGAGACACAGUAUCUCUGAAGACAAAGUUUUUGAGAAGAUACCACAUGCCACUGCUGAAAUAGGGCCUCUUUCAGAAGUCAGCACCAAAAUAUUGCCCGUUCGAAAAUCAAUAUACGAGAGGUCAGUCUCACUACCAAUGACAGACAUUACCCCAUUUGAUCGCAGCAGUAGUGUACAGGCUAAAAAAAGGUAUUUUGAAGCUCAUAUAAAGAAAGAAAUGGUUGUAGAGCAGUUAAUGAAACAGCCAGAGGAGGAAUCUUCGCCUGAACAUAAAUCGAUACACCAUUCACCCGAUGUAAGUGAAAAGCAUACUGAUCAUGAAGCAUUUCCUGAAAAGUCCUUCAUGCCUGAUAUAAAAUCAGAAGUUUCACAUGCAGAAGCUACAAUGAAAUCGCUUGAUGGCAAAACAGUUGAAUAUGUGGAUUUGAGUGCACUCAAGGAUACAGAAGACAAAGAUGCUCCAUGGAUUACAGAAGAAACUGAUGCAACCAGUUAUAAAAAGGGUGUAAAAGACAUACGAAGUGUCUUUGAAAGUAAAGAUACAUGUAAAGAAACACAGUCAGUAAAGGCUAGCCAUAUCACAUCACAGAAAUUCGACACUGAAUUUGUUGAAACACAUCAGGAAAUGACUACAAUGCCAUCAGAAAUUUUCCAGGAAAUUUACUCUCCUGAAGCUCCUAUUGGUAUGGGAGAUUUGACAUCUGGUCCGAAGGAACAGUCUGAGCUUAUUCCUGAUUCUGAUAUAGACCAAGGUUUUAAAAUAGAUGACGUUCUGCAGUAUAAAACGGAAUCUAUUUCAAAACCAUCAGAUUCCUUAGAAGUACAUGUUGAUAAAAGUGAAACAGAAGAAACAGAAAAAGAUAUUGAAGAGGAAAUUAAGGAACUAGAAGUUCAGGAAGGAAAGAUAUCAGCCCAGGAUGAGUACAAGAGCUCCACUGUUAUUGAAGAAGAACCAAUACCUUUAAUUAGAGUAACUUACUCAGGAAAGCAAAGAACUGAUAGUGAUAGUCCAGGGGAAAGUGAGGACACAGCAUCAGAAUCUGAUGUUACACCAGAAGAGGCACGAGGUGAAGAACAUCCACUGUACCAGCCUGAAGAGCACAUACAUGACACAGUGUGGGAAGUUCCAGUGCAAGAAGAACCACAAAUAAUCCAAGAGGAAGUGACCCAAGAAAUGUCUGUCAUCAAACAAAUCCCAGUAGCAUCCACACAUUCAGAAGAGCAUAUGCACAUUGGAGAUGGUGCUCCUCACCUAAUCACAAAAGAGCAGGCAAGAAUUUUAGCAGAAGAAGUUAUUUAUAGCAUUGAAGAAGAAGUUUCAAAACGUGAUGAUUUAUGUUUUCGAAGCGAGGCUAGUACAUCACCUCCAGUCCCUCCUCCUGAAAUUGCCGAGACACAAGUUACUGAGUACUUGCGACAUCUGUCUGGUAAAGAACAGCUUGAGCCGAGGGAAGUUCAGCUAGUGGAAUCUGUUCUUGCCAGGAAACACAGAGAACAAAUAAAAAAGUUCUCUAGGACAGACACAACGUCAAGCAUAGAAAUUACAGAUGAAGAUCUACGAAGCAGUGGAGUUGAUACUGAUUUAUCACCAGUUGAAGGUCAGUUAGGCAAGUAUACAACAGUUUCAAAAGAAGAAAUUCCACAUGAUAGCACUAGUUGUGAUGGGGCACUGGAUGACAGCUUUGAGCCUUCUAUCGAUUUAGCUAAACUGGAAGCUGCAGAAGCGGUAGAAAAAACAUUAGCAGAAGUACGUGAGUCCUUGGAGGCGGCACAAGAAGAGUUGAUUGAAGAGCAUAAGAAGAAAGAAGAUUUGAUGCAAAAGAAGAAAUCACCAUCCGAAUUUGAGUUUAAAAUGCUAACCUUUGAAAACAAAUUUGAUGAACAAAUUGAAGAAUCCUACUCUGAACAAGUUAGUGCCUCAGUUGAUUAUAUGGAAGCAAAAGAAGAUGGCAGUAUGAAAAUGCAAGCUACUGACAUAGCAUUGACUGAAUCAUACGAUUUAAAAUCUGAUGCUGAGAAAAUACAGAAACAAGAAACAACUAUUGCAAAGGAUGGUACAGAAAAACAGGAAAAAACUGUAACUGAAACCUCAGACAUCAGAGACACCAGAACUGUGGAAUCCACAAUAGAAGACAUUUCGAUUUACAAAAAGGAUGAUUCUCAUUUAUUAGUAGGGAAAAAGAUUUCUGCAAGCUUUUUAGAUGAGGAGGCUCAGAAAUUAACAAGUGAGACCAAGGAGACUGAGCUGAAAUCAAAAAAAGACUUAUUUUCUAGUAAAAUUGUUAAGGAAUCAGAAAAAACAGAUAAGGUGUCAAAGGACAGAGUUGAUACUAGCAGCCAGAGAGAAGAAGAAACUGAUGGUGUUUUAAUAAGAGACAGAGAUGAAGAAAUGUUUGCAAAAAUGUCAGUUUUAAGGAAGGAAAAGGACCAUAAGCUCGAAGAACACAUUGAAUCACUCAGUGAGGCUAAGUCCAAAACUGUAACUACAGAAGAACAGUCUACCUCACACUUGAUUCAAGAAUAUGUAUUUGAAGCUACUUCAAGCUCACAAUCAUUCCAAACUGAUAUGGAAAGUGAUACAGACAAAGAGAGUAAAUCAGAAGACCCUGAUAUGACAAGAAAAACUAGUAAACCAGAAGCUACUGUGAGUGAAUUACAGAAGCCAUCAGUGGAGUUUAAUUUACAUUCAGAUAAGAGUGGGGCAUGUGAAAGUGAACUGAAAACUGGCAUAGAUGUCUCUGAAAGUGGAACAACAGAGGCAAUACAGACAGAACAUUCUGCUGAGGUGCAGCCGGAGUUGUCAAAACAGGUUACUCAUGAUCAGACAGAAUUUAGUUACAGUGAAAAACUGGAACAUUCUUCAACACAAGAUGAACGUACAAAAUCGCCAACGGAAGUACCUUUCAGUAAAGAGCGGGAUUAUUCAACUGAACAGUCUGAUGUAGAAACGCCAGUGGUAAUGCGCCGUCAUCAACAUGAGUCAUCAGACCCUGCAGAGUGUGUGACAGGAGUCACUUUGCGUGCAGAUAGGAGAUCUGGAGCAGAUUUUGAAGCUUGGUCAAGUUCAGGAGAGAGCCAUUAUCAGUCUUUUGAGCAAACUUCUGAAAGUGGUCGCACCUACAGUAGACCUUGUUCCUCAGAUGUUGAAGUUUUAAUUGCUGGUGUUGGCAGUGGAACAACUGGAUCCUCUGAAUAUGAGUCAGCUCUUACAUCAGCAGAAUAUUCUGCUCGUUCUGCAGCCACAUCACAUGAAUACCAUACUGCAGUUAGUUCUCUUAGUUCUAGGGAAUCAAUGAAGUCUUUAGAUUCUGAAAGUUCCGGCCACUUGGCAAGUAUAGAAGUAUCAAGUGAAGCAUCAGAGACCCUAGUGCCAUCAGCACUGGAACUUGAAAGGGAUAUGGAUGGCAUGGUUGGAUCUGUUGUAAUGGAUGAAGAUGAUCAUCGUGAUAUGGAUUUCACAACAGAAAUGGAUGAAGCAAAACUAACUCAAUCAUGUCACCAUAUAACUGCUUCUCACAUUGCUGAAUCAGAAGCAUCUGACACCAUAUAUGGUGCUAAUGGGAAAGAAUCUGGAGCUGAUGAAUUUCAUAUUGAUUCUAGGCAAACAGAGGGGGAAGAAUAUGGAAGAAUUAGUCCAUUUGAGGUAAUUAGUGAAUCUGAUAUUCUUGACUACACUGGACAAAUAUUUAUGCCUGAAGAAGAAGUAAGAGACCAGACUUUAGGUUCCAUGUCCGAUGAAGGAGAAAGACAUCAUUGUAUGAAACGUUCUCAUGAAAUGAUAUUCCAGCCUGAGCCACGACCAGUUAUCACAGAUAGCCCAUUAUCAGAAACAGGCACUGAGAUUCAGGAUGAUAGGCUUGGAUCAAGUGUUGAAGAAAGCAGCAUGUUGAGUACAUCAAGUACUUCAGAUGCUGGUGCUUUAAGAACUGUCAUUGAAGUACUAAGAGCAGAUAUUGAUAAGAUGGAAGCAUCAGUGGCUUCAGAACCAACCAUUAUGACUGUGUCACAGGUGUCACAAUUAAGUCUUGAAGAUGUUGAUAUGAUAGUAGAUGCUUCACAAUCAUAUGUGGCAGAUUCAGGUACAAGCACACAUCCACCACCCUCAUCUGAACAAGACACGCAACUCUCGUCAGUCACCAUAACAACAUCAUCUGUCGAUGAAUAUGGUAUCCAGAGUGUCUGUACACAGGUGACAUCACAGUCACAGAGUCCUGUUCUUGAUGAAUCAUGUGAUCAUUUAGCAAUAAAAGACACUGGUGUUCAUGAAAGUAAUGGUCCUACUCAAGUUGACUACAUUCCUGAGUAUGAUGACUUUGAGGAUGUCAGUAAAAGAGGCUUAGGGCAUAGGCGCAAAGAAAGUACUAGUGCAUUUGCACUCUCUUCUGUUGUAAGUGAUACUAAGCAUGAGAAGGUAUGCUAUCCAGAAACUGCUCCUUCAAAAACUGGCAUGUAUGCAUUUGGUGACAUGGCUGAAAGUGAUAAAUAUAAAGAUACAGGACCAUUGACACUCAAAGAAGUUAGUAGUGAUGAAAAGAAAGAUAUUGACGAGUCAGAGAGGUCAGAAGAAGAAUCAUACCAAACAGAAGCAGAUCAAGGUUUCCACCGUGAUUUGAAAGAGGGCAGAAUUCAACUAGAAGAUGUUUCUAGUAUUGAUGAAGAUACUGAAAUAGAGUUCAGAGAGUUGGAUUCAAGCAGGCCUCAAUCUCAAGUUAGUAAAUCAGAUUCUGAUGGGCAUAGGCCUGUGUCAUCAGGUUUUUCAGAUGACCGACCUGAUUCUGAAUUAGCAGAGCUUCUAAAACAAUGUUCUUCAGAUGGAAAAGAUUUUGAAGACCCUGUGGAAAGGCCACUUUCACCAGAACCAGCAGAAGAAUGUGAACUGAAAGGAGAUACACCAGAAUUAUCAUCAGUGGCUCAAGCAAGUGUAACUGAACUAGAAAUGGAAUAUUCAGGUGCCUUCAGUCGUGCAGCAGAAUAUGCAUCACAUGUAAGUCCAGUACCAGAAGAACGUAUGUCGUAUGAUGUUGUCUCUGAGGAAGAGACAACAGAUGCUGGCAUUACAAUUCAGAAAGAUCCACAGUUUUUGCCUGCAAUACAAAGUGUACACCCAGGGACUGGCGUUGGUGAUUUAACAGCUGAAAAACAUGAAACAGAGACAGGUGACCGUCCUCUUAAAGAGAGGCGAUAUCAGACUCGUGAUAUAACUGUUUCAUCACCUAAUGCAAUUCCAAAUAUAACUGUUACACAGCACAUGACCCCACUUGUUGACAGAGACUUUCACUACCCAGAUCUAGAAUGUGAAGAAUUAACCAGAACAUUACCACAAACACCAGUGUCCAUAUCAAGCCAAGCAUCUUCAGAAACAGAGACUGACCAAGGACGGGAAUAUGUAGUAGAUGAAGAAAGAGCACCAGAUUUCAUUUCUGAAGAGUCAGAACAAGAUGAAAAUGCAGAGGAUAGAGUUCACGAAUCACGUUCAGCAGAUGAGGCAUCAGGAGCGGAAGAGAAGACUAUUUAUGAAACCGAAAAGAAGAUAGUCUCUAAAAGUGAAGUAGGUUCACCUGCAACUGAAUCACCGGCAAGUGAUUCGUUUGAAAUGUUAGAGAAACCAGAUUUAACUGAUGAGUAUGUUGUUGUGGAAGAAGUGGGUAAAGAGGCAGAGGAACACGACACUGAAGGAAAAAGUGUACGCAUACAAAAAGCAAUACAGACAAUAAAAGCACAUUCACAUAAGCCGUGUGACGAUGACACAGUUGUCGUUUCACCACCGGCACCAACAACCAAAAUGACACAACUGAAGUACUAUCCAGAAGCUGGUGCAGGUGAUGAUGUUGGCCCAUUUCCUUUUGAAGACAGUCCUCCUAGUGGCGGUGCUGCAAAGAAGCCUGUGACCAGUCAGGAACAAAAUGGGGCAAAAGCUGGUAGUUAUGAAAGUGAAGAAAGUGGCUAUGAAAAUGAAGUAGAAGCAAAUAAGAAGUGGAUGGAAAUGCAGUUUCAAACAGAAACAGCAUCAAGCUCGUCAUCUAGCUAUGGAUAUGAAAUGGAAUUUGAACGUGCACCACUAGAGGACAUAAAAGAAGAAGAAAUAAGUGAGUUUGAUCAGAGUAGCAGCAAAGUUGGUAGUAUUGGAAGUUAUCAAGCAUCCACAAUUGGAAGUUUUGGCAGUAUGAAGGAAUCACUCAGCAGUACUCCUGAGUACGACGUCUUGGCUGGUCGUAAGUUUUUUAGUAGAUCAGGAGAGCAUGAUGAUGUUUCAAUGAGUUCUCUUCAGGAGUUUGAACAAUUAGAACAUCAGUUAGCACUUGAAGCUGCUCGCAAGAAAUCACACGGGUCUCAAGAUUCUCUUAAUGGUAGCCUCAGUAAAAGAUACUCAUCAGCUCGUAGUGUACAGGGAGAUGACAUAUCACUUUCUUCAUUGAAAGAGUUUGAAGGGUUAGAAAGUGCAUGUAUUGAAGCUGCUAAGAUUGAAUCACGAGCAAAGGAAGAGGAAGAAUCGUUGCUAUCUGAGAUCGAAGAAGGUCACGAAAGUCAAGUGUCUGAAUCUGAAAGUUGUGAAACUAUGUCUGUAGGUGAAGGAAAGAUUGGAGGUGAGUCAGUUGACUCUGACGACUACGAGAAGAGAAUGUUUGAAAUUGAUGAAAUUAUUCGACAAGCUCAAUCCAAUGUAGAAAAAUUUGCUGAAAAACGGGAUAAAACUUGUGGUGAAGAUCAGACUGAGAGCAGUGUGUUGGAGAGAACCGAAUCUGUUGAUCGUGGUGAUUCCUUGGAAGAAGUUGCUCAUGUCCCUGAGCUCGACCUUGACCAACCAACUACCCAACACACUUUGCCGGAAUCACCGAGGCGAUCGACAUGUGAUAUAACAGAUUCGAUGAAGAGCAGUACCGAUUCACUGGAUCUGCGGACUGUCGAACAUCGAGACUCGUCGCGUGCCAGCACAGAUUCUCUCGAUCUUAAAACAGUUGCAGAGAAGUCAGGAGAUCUGAUGACAGGUAGCACUGAUUCUAUAGAGAUGCAGGCACAAAAGGGAUAUGCCACACAAGGUGAUUUAAUGACUGAUUCCAUAGAGUUACUAGCUGAUACGAUGGUCACAGCUACUUCUACUGACUCUUUAGAUGUGCUGGAGACGACAGCAAUACCUCCUGGAAUUACUAUGUCAGAUUCAGUCGAGGAAGAAGAGGAAACAUCUGUACAAGGCCAAGGAGGGAUAGGUUCAGGCUCGGGAGCUCAUGACCGAAGCAGCUCCAGUGGUCGUGAAGGGGAUCUAAGUUCAUCUGGUAAAGAAGAUAACAGUGGUGAUCAUUGUGGAACCACUCCUGCAGGAGCAGAUUUAAUGCUUGGAAGCACUGAUUCAUUGGAACCGUCCAGCUCUACAGCAACUCAUGCAACAUAUCAGUAUGAAACUGAUUCAGUUAUGUCAUCAAGUUUUACUAGUGGAGGAUCUAACACAAUGGUUUCAAGUACUGACACCCUUGACCCAACUGCAACAAUUACUAGUGGAAUAAACACAAUUGAUCUUGUAAGUGCUGCAGCACAUUCUGGUUUAUGGUUUGAAGAAAGUAGUGGUUCUAAGACUCUUAUAACAGAGGGAUCUGAGGCAGACUCAGAAGGUAAAGUUUCUCUUACAAUGCAAAAGAUUGUUUCAUUACCUCCUGAAGUACAGCAGAUGUCUGUGCGUGCUUCAGAUGUUCACAGUGCACUAAAGGAGUAUGUGGAACAGUAUGUCUUGGAAGCAGCUGUAUCACAGUUGCAAGGGACUGAUACUGAAGCUACAAGUGAUGUCAAACCUACUGUUGGACAAUUAACUGAUUUGCCACAUGAUGGUACCCAGACACCAUUCACUGACUCAGAGUUUUCAGAAAGAAGUAUGCAAAUAAAAGAUAAGAAGAAAUCAGACUCUGGAAAAUUGGUAGAACCAGUCAGUGGCACAGGACUUGCAUCCCUCCAGCUCCAUUCCUUGCCUUCAGGGCUGCUGACACAGCAUACCUCUGUUACUCAUCAUGUUGUUCCUUCUACCCAUGGGGCCGUAGUUGUCACCCAGCAAGGAAAAAGCACUCCCCACCUAACAGAUUUGCCUUCUGGAGAACAGCAGCAGGAUCCUCUUCCUUCACAUGAAGUCACUGUGCGAGAUGAGCAGGAAGAUGAGUCUCUUGCCCAAUCAGGAACAUCCCAGGGAGAAUGCCCUAGCAGGGAAAUGCAAGAUGCUGGUGACAGAACAUCAACACCAACCAUCUCAUCAUCAGCACCAGAAGCUGACAAGAAAGAUAUUACUGACGACAAAAGAACACAGUGAAAGUGAAGAUGAUUACUGUGGAAAUAACAUUGAUCUCUAUCAUAAGUGGCAGAAACGUGUGUCAGAUAAAAUGAAAAUACACAGCAUUUUCCUGACAGCACUUAUAAUCUCACUUUAGAUGAAACACAUAAAACAAUAAACUUCAUGCAUUUUUCAUAAUAAAAUUAUUAACUAUAUGGAACAGCUUCUGUGUAUUACUUUAUAUCUGUGUCUACACAGAGGACAUUAAACAACACCUCUCUGUUCAUACAAUAAUUUUUAAUAUUUCUGUGUCCGAUUUACUGUUUGUGAUGUAACAGCUAGUGACAAUUAUUGUCACUGAAACUGGGAGGCCCAGUGAAAAUACUAUGUAAAUGAAUAUAUUUUAGACACUAUCUUUGGUCAAAUGGUACUUUUUAUAACUAGAAGUUUCUCUCUGUCAAAUUCUUUGUUGUUGCAAUAUUCAUACAGAGAGUGCAUUAAUAUAAUUUCCUCUGUCUUUGUUGUUCGAACAUACAACCUCAUCCUCAGAUUCAAACUGGAUACUAUGUUAAUAGUUUUGCAUAGUGUAUCUCAAAUCCUUUGAUGCUUCAAUGUGGUAAAGUGAAAAAACUAAAACAUGAAAAGGCAGUUUAUUCAUGUCACCAAAAACUUGAUAUUACCAGUUAUUCAUAUCAUGAAACAAUUGUUACGCUGACAAUUUUCUUCAUUUGUGAGAUUUCAAAUGAAUUAUGCAAAAAUGUAAUAUGGCCUGCCAAUUCAUUGUGAGAUAAAAAUGAUUCUGAACCUGCAAAGUGCUUUACAAAGAAAGUGGAAGAACUUCUAUCAGUAUAAGGUUAUUGUCAUUGUGAAUAUGUUCUUAGACUUAUGAGCACACCACUCACCUAAGCAGAAUGGAAUAUGUAAUUUUUGACUACAAAUAAUUCAAGUUCAGGUUUAGAACUGAAGAAAUUUGCACCAAUACAAGCUAUUACAGUACCAUAAUAUGUUCAUAAACAUAUGGUUUUGUAGUUGACAAAAUAUUAUGAGAUUGCUCAAGAAAGUUUGAACAACACUAUAAAAAUAUAUAUAUAUAUAUAUAUAAAAAUAAAAUUCUGCAGACAUAAUUUUAAUGCUGCAUUCAUAUGUAAAAAUUACCAACUUUUCAGGACGCAAUUUUAUAUUUUAUGAAGCAAUAAAAUGCUUAAAUGUUUGCUCAGUGGGCUAAUGCGAAUGGAAAUAAAUCAUAAAUCAAGUACAGCUACUAACUAAAAUCUCUUUGUAGGCUGGUGGAAAUACUGCCAAGUACUGAACUAUUCCACUUGCUAAAUUACUAAGGAAUUAUUUAUCAAUUUUGCCUUCAUAUUUGUUGUGCUGUAUCAGGCAUGCCUGGGAUAUGUUGAAAUUCUAUAAAUGUUGCAAUUACAAGUUAACAUUAAAUACAAUUAUUAAUGAAUGUGUUAACAACGAGAUUAAAAUUUCAGUGUUAUCUCCUAGAAUAACUUCCAAACAAAAUUUUUCAUGUGUUUUAAAUUUGCUUGUGAUUACCCUGGAAAGUAACACGAUCCAUCUUGUCAGCUUCACAAUAUGUGACAUAAUUCUCAGUGGUGUGGAAAAUGGCAAAAUGUAAAAAAGAAGUUCUAUUGUGAUAUUAACUCAUUCAAUCAUCUCUGUUGUGCUAAUUUAUGUUAUUGUAUGGGUCAUGGUAACCUGCUUUAUUUCUUUAGGCAUAGAAAACACAGCAACAGUGGCUUUGGGACUCAUCACUGAACGUUCAUUGUCUUCUGAUGUAAACCUAUGAGUUGCAAGGGAAGCAUUUAUUCUGGAUAAUUUUAAUGGUGUCAACUGGUAUUAAUAUUUUUACCAUAAUCAUUGUAUACAUUUGCUUAAAUGGUAGUUUUUAGAAAACAGUUUAAAGUUAAGAAUGUCAACACAUUUCAGAACUCAUCCUGUUUGUUUCCCAUAUCCUAGCAUGUUGUAUGAAGGCUGCAUUGUGAAUUAUUUAAUAAUUCAUCAGAUAGCAGUUAAGAGGAAAAGAACUGUUGUUAUUUUUUAAAAGAAGAGUUUUCUUAGCUAAGAAAUCUAUGAUGGACUGUGCUUUGUUUUCCAGUGAUGCAUGUUAUUUCUACUAAUGAUGAAAUUGUACUGAAUGAACAGAAUGUGAUUACAGCUGAUGUUUUUAUUGGCUGAGAGUUUUGACAAAGAAAUAAAGCUUACAGAUAUAAUA